CCUCUUAUAUUUCAUCUUUCUGAAAAUUGGAACGCAGCUCCAGGAGGUGCAUACAAUCAGGCAUGGAGUGCAUUUCGCACCACUCAAACUCGCGAGCGACGAUCCCAAAGCGCUUGCAGAAGAACGGCGGACCCAAUAUUGCGGAGGACCCGGCCGCUCUUGCAGCACUUCAGAGGCUUAUUGACUCUCAAAAUCCCGGAAAGUGGAAACAAAAUGAUGUGAAUAGGAGUGGAUUCUUCAGUUUUUUUGUCGAUGACUACGACGAGGACCGCCUCUACCUGGUGAAACUUAGCUGGAGAAUCUCUAGAGAUCUUAGGGCCGAUGCCACACCGAUUUUGCAGGGCCACAACAUCUUCAUUACAAUGAGCUCUCAUUAUGUUUUAAGACCUGAGUUUGAAGGCGAGGACGACUUGGCGGAUGUCCUCGCGACUCAACUCGAAUCGUUAGUGGUUUAG